GGUAAAAGGAGCAUGAUGAUUCUACUGUUGUGAGGAUCUACAUCACCUUAAGAAAAAGAAAGCUGCGUCCCUCUUAGAAGCCUUCAGUCCACCACCACCCUCCCUCCUCCCCUUUCCCCACUGCGGCAGCGAUGACGUCGUCACCGACAGGGAGCGUCAACAUAUACGACCCCAUUGAGGUUGCCAGGGCCAACCCCUACUUCAAACGCAAUCACAUGGGCCAGGUCACCUGCACUCUGUGCAACGUCUACUGUACGGAGGAGAACAAUUUUCUGAAGCACAUUGCGGGUAAGACGCAUACACUUCAGCUCGAGCGGCGUCAGCACAAGGAGCUGCGCCAUCUGCGCGAGCAGGAAGAGGAGCGCCGCAACGUCGAGGCGGAGCAGCGGGCCCGGAAGGAGGAGGCGUUGCUUGCCUUGAGUGCCGGACAGUCGAGUACGGGGACCGCCGCCGCCGCUUCCUCGUCCGCGACCGGAGCUGCUGCGGCUGCUGCUGUCGUAGGAGGGACGAGUGCCUCCGCUGCUGCGGCGGCGGCGGCCGCGGCGGCCAACGCGCGUUUCGGCACGCCGUUGUACUCCUUUCGCACGGAGCACGACGACGUUGCCUUCCGUACCAAGGUGUGGAUCGAUGUCAUGUUUACCCAAGCCGAGGAUGGCACGCGGCCGCUUCAUCGCUGGCUGUCGGCUCGCGAGCAGCACAUGGAGAAGCCCCCCGAUGACUAUUUCAUUUAUUUGCUGUUCGCGUGUGAGGGCUACGCGACGAUCUCGCUGAAGUUCCCGGCGCAGGCGACCCGCAGCGAAGGUGGGGAGGUGUUGGAGGAGGCGGAUGGCAGCUACUCGGAGGCCUACCUGUGCUCGUGGGAUCCACUGCGUAAGGUGUACUCCAUGUUCUUCGUAUUGAGUCGUUGA